AGCUACUGGUAUAUAAAUGAUUUAUUAAAUGAGCUAUUUUUGUUAUUCGUUAAUGCUUAGUUUAAACAUUUGCUCGUUCAAAUGAACUAAUCGCUUAAAUGUCUUUGCACCCAAACCCAAAUACUUAACCAUGAGGUGGAAACCUGGAUCACAAGUUUCGAUCUUUUUGAAACCUAAAGAUUCGAGGUUACCUAGCUGUCACGUACAUCUGAUAUUCCUGGAGACUUCUUAACAAAGGGUAGUAAUUGAAAGUACAUUUCAGCUUGAUCAUGGCCGUCUGCAACCCCAAGGAUACUGUAGAGGUUGACAAGGACCACCUAUGUUGCUGCAUAUGCAUCAGUCUGCUCACAGUACCCAAGAUGUUAGGCUGCGGUCACACGUUCUGCAGACAGUGUCUUCAGAACUACAUAGAGCACCAGAAGGACGCCGUGCAGCGAUGCGGCUUCGACUGUCCUCUGUGCAAUCAGUUUACUACAAUACCAAACCCAGUUGCUGGAUGGGCAGAUCAGUUUGCAACAGACUUCCGGAUUCAAGCCAUGAUUGAAGGCGCACCAGACUCCGUUGGCAAACCUGUCCAUGCGGAAGGUGCAGUCAGUUUACAAAUGAGUGAUGUUCCAGCACGUGACCGGAAGUUUAUUUUGGUGAACACGAUUCCCAGCAGGAGGAAUGAGGAUACGAAAGUACCACGAAUCAUCGACUUGGUCGUCCUCGUGCAGGAGGGACGUGACGUCAUCGUCGUCUGCGACUCUGACAACACGUGCGUGAAGGCCUUUUGGUUCGACCCGCUCAAGGACAGGGAGAUGAGCUGUAAACUGAUCAUUGACUCGCAAGAUAACAUCGUCCUCGGCAGGAUGGCUAAAAUAAAUGACACUCAGAUUGCACUUUCGGUCUUCCAAAGCACCAAGAUAUACAUCAUCAACGUGAACAACGGGCUGAGCAUCCACACCACAAUGGACACAGGAAGCAGACUUCAGGGCAUCGGAGUCAUCAAAUCACAGCCUCACUCGGCACCCGAGACUAGACUGGUUGUCGGUUUUGAAGGAGGGUUAUCAGUUCUCGAUAUAGACGGCACAAUUGUCAAACCCAUGGAUAUCGAUAUUUUUGGCAGUAAAUAUACGGGAAAGCCAUGGUAUCUAGCAAUAACACCCGCUUGUAAUAUCCUUGUGUCGGACAGUCACAACUGUCUGCUUUGUGUGACCCAGAAAAGGGAAGUGUUGUGGAAAUAUCCUACAAAAGAUCCAGCUGGCGUAGACUGUGAUGCACACGGUAAUAUUUACCUAGCUAUCUGCAGUGAAAACAAGGUGGUUCUCUUGUCUCCUGGAGGAAAGGUGCUCAAAGAAGUGCUAUCACACAGUGAUCGUAUUCAAACGCCACGAGGCAUUUGUUACAGUUCUGAGAAAAGCAAGUUGUACAUAGCGGAGCUGAACGGUUUGAUAAAGAUUUUUGAACAUAAAUAAAAUAAUAUGAACAACCCGGUAAACACAAACACAAAAGCCCCAAUAAAAACACCACCAACAAUAAGAACAAUG